AAGUCAAGCAGUCAAAAUGAUCUGCAGUUACUUUUAUUGUGUUUCAGUUUGAAUUUGUGUCACUCUUUCCUCCCCUAGCUCAGGUGCUCAUCCUGGCCAGGAGAUCUAGAGGAUCAGAUUUGUGUCAAAGGUCUUCUAUAGUUGCUGAGAUAAUUGUUUACUGAGUUUUCCUAUAGUUAAUUUCUUUACAGACUUGCCCUGAGGAGCUUGCAAACCAACUUAUUGGCAUGGAUUGGUCAAGAUCUGUGUACGUUGCUGGGUUUGCUGGAGUGGCGGUAGGACUGGGUGGUGCCUUAGUUUACGUCAAGGCAUCAGCAUGUAAAGCUGGUCCAUCUGUCCCGGAGGAGUCCAACUUGAUUCGACUUGCAACUGCAGUGGAUGGCCUCUCUCGCCAGCUGAGUAACAUUCAGGAAAGCCUUGGCAGCAUCGAACAGGCUCUGAAAGAGCGUAGCGCUGCAGCCAGAGCUGAAGAGUCGGAGGACAGUGCGGAUGGCCCACAUUUGUCAAUGCCUUUGUCCCAUUCCCAGAGGAAGGGUAGUGAAUACUCUCUGGCCAGUGCAAUGCAGAGUGAUGCAUUCGAUACAGCUGAGGAAGACCACACUAUCAGUUCAGAUGAAGAGGAUCCUGAUUCUCUCGAGUCGUUCUUGGAUCGUAUCGAUGCAUUGCAUGCCAAGAAGGACAACAUGUCGGUGACGCAGAAAGAGAUCUUUCAGCUCCUUACGGACAGAGUGGAAAACUCUCCCGAGGAUUGCCAUCUAUUGUGGCGCUAUGCACGCGCCCACAAGACGCUCAGCGAUCUUGCGAAGGCAGCAGGCGAUACAGAGGAGCAGAAGCGACUAAUCUAUGCAGGUGUUGAUCUUGGAAAGCGUGCACUGGCGGUAGACGACAAGCGAUGGCAGGCACAUCAAUGGUAUGCCAUUCUGGUGGGGCUCACCAGCGCCUUUGAAAGCACGCAGGCGAAAAUAGCCAAUGGCAAGAUCUUCAAGGAGCACGUGGACAGAGCAAUCGAGCUGAAUUCUAGUGACUACUCGCUGUACCACCUGUUGGCCCAGUGGUGUUAUGCUGUGGCUGGCUUGACGUGGAUCGAACGCAACGCAGCCAAGAUGUUGUAUGGCGAGCCGCCGAAGUCAAGCUAUGAUGAAGCGUUGUCCAACUUUCGUGAAGCUGAGCGACUUUACACAGGCAAAUGGAAAAACAACAAACUGAUGAUUGCAAAGUGUUUCUAUGGCAUGAGUAAUUAUGCUGAGACACGCCAAUGGCUAGAGGAAGCCAAGGAGACACCCAUUGUCACUGAAGAGGAUCGGACGAGCCAGGUGGAAAUCGAGGAACUGCUGCUGAAGGUGUGAUGGACACAGACGUGUAUUUUCAGACUGCGCCAAGACCAAUGGAAGAUGUAAAUUUAACACGGCGUCAGAGCGUGAGGUGCCUGGAGACAAUGGUACCAUGUUGUGUAUGUUGACAACAUACAAUAAUUGUAUUUACUUCAAGUAUGGUACACCCUACCUCAACUGACUCUACUGAUAGUCUCGAAAUCUUCGUUGAUAGACCUGGAGAACUUGCUCUGGCAUAUGUGUGUCACAGUAGUGUAUUUUGCUAUACAGCCCCGAGCACACAACAGCCCCGAGCACACAACAUACCGAGGAUACAUUUACGUAGAAGAAGAAGAAGAAGAAGAAGAAGAAGAAGAAGAAGAAGAAGAAGAAGAGAGGGUAUAUUCAUAGAUUUUGUUUUUCAAUUGAUGCACUCGCUCCUGACCUGUUGCACGUAGAUGUGGGGACCUUACCGACUUGAGUCUGAUCCGAUUUGAACGCUCCUAGCGUACCUUGCUGUCGAAAGUACCCAGUCCCUUACGUGUGUGAGCCUGAUUUUGCUUUCCGCCCCUGCUGCUGGGUAAGCCAUGCAAUUUGUUUGCUGCAUAAUGUGUACAUUGGAACUUCACCCGUUUUGCCGCUAUCGCUAGGCGUCACCCUGGCAUGUACGAUGUGCAAGUGUGCCACUUCACUGUGACGUGUUCUCACCGAGUUUGUCCGACCAACGGCUUGAACUUCGAUUUUUUAAAGUUUCUGUAUUUCCCAAUUCCUGUACCACUGUCGAUUGUUGAGUUUAAGUGGAUUUUACCAGCUCUUUUAUUAAUACAUACCCUAUUACUUACUUUCUUAGGAACAUGCAUUGUGGAGCGGGCUGUCUGGUACAGUCUUGCAUCACUGGA